UGUAAGCACGGUUCUGAAAACCACGAUGAUCACCUCCAAAUCUAAUUUGUGACAUGUCCACGUUUUUUCUGAUAAGGAAAUGUUUUUUAAAGACGGUUUGAAAUCUUGAAAUGUUUGGAUAAAAAUCGAUGAGCCUUUUGGGCUGGAUUUGUGUGGAUCGGGCUCUUAUACCGUAUCAAAUUCGAUAGGCUUCAAACCUAAAACAAAUCAAUGAUAUUUGGGCUGUAUAUUAUUUAUACAUGAAAAUAAAAAAAGAGACAGCAAAUGAGGGCAGAAUAAUCUCUGAUACUGUCAAAGUUGCAGCCAGCCAGGCAAUCAUGGAACCAACGCCGCCGUCACUUGGGGUUAGAAAACGUAGGAAGAAGACGAUUUCAGAUCUGCUUCCGAUCGAUCUAGUUAUGCAGAUAUUCAAACGGUUACCGGUCAAAACUCUAGCGAGGCUUAUCUGUGUCUCGAAGCUCUGUGCAUCCAUCAUCCGCAGCCGAGAUUUCAUGAAAGUGUUCCUUACCAACCGACAUGGUCGUCUCUUCUUCACCUUCAAGCGUUACAAAGAUAGUAUCCUUUUCACGGCAUCCCUUCAAACCCUAAAUCCAUGUGAAGCCUCCGUAGCUAUGACUCAUCCUGCAUUUGAUGUCGACGCCAAGAAUUGUUCCUAUCUUCAUGGUUUGAUUUGCUAUGCAAGUGCUUGUGCAUCGAGGGUUCUAGUAUACAACUCCAGCACCAGAAAAUUGACCACAUUGCCCAUAUUCCAACCCGGGACUCCUGUCAGAAACCACUUCUUAGGUUAUGAUGGUAUUGGUGGUGUUUACAAAGUGUUGUGUAGGACAGGACCAAAUCCUGUUUUUCAGAUCAUGACCUUAGGAGACGGGAGUUCAUGGAAGACGGUUAACGUUGGUCAGUACUCUCAUUUUCCUCUCAAGAAACAUAUAUGUAUCGAUGGUGUUUUAUAUUAUGAAGCUUGUGCUGACAAGAACUUGAAGGGAACUGCAUUCAUCAUGAGAUUUGAUGUUAGGUCCGAAAGUUUUGAACGUGUCAAAAUGUCCGGCGAUAAUGUCAAAUGUUCAGCAAUGGUAACGUACGAGGGGAAGCUGGCUAUCAUAUCCAAGGUAAUUUCAGCUGAUGGUAGCGUGGUUUUGUGGGUUCUUGAGGAUGCAGUGAAACAUAAAUGGUUGAAGAAGGUUUUUGUUUUGCCUAAUUCGUGGACAAGUUUAGUUCAGGGCCAAAGCACAGCAGCUUAUUGGUUUCAUCGUUUCGUUGACGUCAAUGAUGCGGGUGAAUUUGUUUUGGCACCGUCAAGUGUGCGUAUUCGACACUAUGUUCUAUUUUAUGAUCCAAAAAGAAAUAGUAUGAGAAAAGUCGCGGUAAAUGGAAUCAAAGUGCCUAUACGUUACGACAGCAACAGACGAUUUAAUCGUCCCGAUUCUUGUAGUCUGCUCCAUCUCUUCUCCAGUCAGGUUGAGAGUCCCAUGUUUCUGUAAGAAUCGUAAGAUGAUGGUCUGUUGCAACCUUCAAACUAUGUUGAAAUGUGACCUAGCCGGUCUUUUGUUUAUUGGGAAGUCUCAUGUUUGUGUUAUAUUUGGUUACAUUUUCACCAUAACGACAGUUUGUUUAUGUUAUAUUGGAAUAUUGGUUACAUUUCC